CUAGCACAAAAGUCCCAUGCAAGACUGCGUUUAUAUCUUGUGUCAAAAACCAAAUAUAUUUUUUAUUGUUCUGCGUCAUCUUUUUGGAUAAAAUAAUUUAUAGAAAAAACGUAAACUAUAAAACUUAUUUAGCAGCAAACUGAUAAAACGCCCUACAAUGGAUUUUGGUGAUGAUUUUGAACCCAAAGAUGUCGAUCCAGCAGCUGAAUUUUUGGCUCGUGAACAAAGCGCUCUGGCUGGCUUAGAGGACGAGGUCCUGCCACCAGCACAAGACACUUUGUUACAAGACAGCGUUAAUACAGGUGGUGUCGGUCUCGAGUCGUCGACAGGCAGUUUCGAAAUCAUCCAAAAUGUAGGCGAACCAAUUGAUUCCGGGUCGCAACCAGCUGUAGCCCGUGUUGAACCUGAAAAAAUUCGCAAAUGGCGUGAAGAACAAAAGACUCGUCUGGAAGAAAAAGACAAGGAAGAAGAACGAAAAAAAGAAGAGCUUCGUCUUCAAGCUAAGGUUGAGUUGGAAGACUGGCUGAGGCAAACUGAAGAAUCAAUUGCCAAGACUAAAGCUGCAAGUCGGGGAGCUGAGAAGCAGGAUUCUUUUGAAAAUGGAGAUAUAGAACCAGGAACUGAAUGGGAGCGUAUUGCAAAACUAUGCGACUUUAAUCCAAAGUCAAAUAAAUCUGGCAAAGACGUCUCACGAAUGCGUUCGAUUUAUCUUCAUCUCAAACAAAAUCCAAUUCAGACCCAAAAGAAUAUUUGAAAUUGAAAAAUACCUAAACUUUCAACAUUCUAUUAAAAGUAUGAACUUAUCAAUAUGAAAUUAAAAUAGGUACCUAUUCAUUAUAUUUGUUAUUCAAGAACUUGAAUAAAAUUAUGUACAGAACAUUGGUACAUGAA